AUGGUCAAAACCAUCCCUUUCAUCGAUGGCCUGGAGGUUCCAGUGCCAGGCUUCGGUGCCAUGGGCAUCAGCUUCGCACUGGGCGAGAACCUCAGUUACGAGGAGGCUGAGCCUGUUCUCUUGAAGGCCCUGGAGUUGGGAUGCACUUUCUGGGAUACUGCCGUAUCCUACCGAGCUGGCGUAAAUGAGAAGCUCCUCGGCGAUUUCAUUCGCAAGCACAACUGCCGGGAUAGGCUUUUCAUUGCCUCGAAAUGUGGUGUUGCUGUUUUCGAGGACGGGGCUGUCACUAACAAGGCCGAACAUAUCAAGAAAUACAUCGAGGGCACUAUUGAACGACUGGGUUUCACACCUGAUCUCUACUACCUUCAUCGCAUGGACCGUAACACCCCUCUAGAAGAGUCCAUCACGGCUUUGGACUCGCUCCGCAGAGAAGGCAAGACGAAAUACAUUGGGCUUUCCGAAUGCUCUGCGGCGACCCUGAGAAAGGCAAAUUCCAUUGCCAAGAUCCAUGCCGUCCAGGCCGAGUACUCUGCCUUUGAGACACUCCACGAGGUUGAUGGACUCGUCGAUACGGCGCGCGAGCUCAACGUCGCUUACGUCGCCUAUGGACCCCUCGGUCAUGGCUGGCUGGUCGAGGACUUCCCCUACAACUCGCCUGAGGAAUUCAAGGAAGGGGACUACCGCCGGGAAAUCCCCAAGUUCCAAGGUGAGAACUUCUACAUCAACAAGAAUAUCAGCGAGGGAUUCAAGGAGCUUGCAAGGCGCAAAGGCUGCACUGUCGCGCAGGUUGCGCUCGCGUGGGUGGCCGCCCAGGGUAUGAUCGCCCUCCCGGGCACCACGAAACCUGCGCGGUUGGAGGAGAACUGGGCUUCGAGAGAGGUCGAUCUCACAGAGGAGGAGUUGAAGUACAUGCGAGAUAGGCUUAACGAGCUGAAGCCAAAAGGUGACAGAUAUAACGUGGAGGCGGCGAAAGAUAUUGGCAACUGA